AUGAGAAAAAUUUUUAAAAAUUAUUUUUUAAAUAAAAUAAACACCAAAAUAUUCUCUAAAUUUCAGAUAGCAACAGCUACUUCUGGUGCAAUGGUACCUCAGGAAUUCAAUAAAUGGCGUGACCAUCAACGUUCGGCCCUAUAUAAAUUAUAUGAUCAAGGAUUUCUCCCAAAACCAGAUAGUGAUAAAAUUGUUUUGAAAUGGAGAAAAAUUGCUGAAAAGAAACAAACAAUUCGGAAAAGUAUUUUUAGCAUUUUUGCUGCAAAAAAACCAGAAACAUCUCCAAAAAUUACAAACAAGGAAAGAGAUAUUGCAUUCCGUGAAUUCAUCAAAUCGAAAAUUGAAGCAUCUAUGGAUAUACAAAAAACUUCUGCAAUGACCAUUAAUUCAAUGGGAAUUGGUGCUUUGAUAAGCUCAUUAGUAUUAUUCACCUUGUAUUUUCCUUCUCUGUUUGGAGUAAAAAUUCCAGAAGUUCUCGAAAAAAUCUUUAUAAUUGUGGUUAAUACACCAACAGAAAUGAUUUCUUUCGUUGCUGGAAUUUUUUCGGCAAAUAAGUUUGGAGCAGAAACAGUAGAAAAGUGGUGGAGUACAGACGAUAUGAAGAAUAGACAAAUGGUAAGUGAGAUAUACUACAAUCAUGAACUUAAGACCUUCAUAAAAACCAUUAAAAUUUAAGAAGCACGUUUGUAGACAAACGGUUGC